AUGGCAGCUCUUGACCCAAGUGAAAUCGUCUCUUUUGCUAACAAUGUCUAUAUAGCAAGAAUUACAAUAGUUGCAACGAUCACAGUCUUGAGAGAAGGAGCUCAUCUGGCCGUCACGCACUUCCCCGUUCAAAAUCCUUUUCUUACUGAAUCGAUAUGCUCCGUUUAUAGCGGUUUCUGGCAUAGUCCAUCUGUUGGUCUCAUUUAA